CCCCUUUGCAUACUGGAGGAGGAGAGAGAAGUUCGAAAUUUUUUUUCCACUUUUUGCUCUCUUGGAUUCGUAAUUACUUUGUGUUGAUAAAACUAUUUGCAGAAGAAAGGGAAGUAGAAAAUGUUAUCAAAUCAUAAAAGUUUUUUAGGUGAAAAACCCUCAAGAAAUCUUUCAAACAAGACGUGGGCAGUGUUCCUUUGGAUUUUCAGCUUCUGCGCUGGCAUGUUGUUUACCAACAGGAUGUGGAUUGUGCCCGAAGGUAGCGACAUCGUAUCACUAAUACAAAAGAAUUGGGGUGGGAAUUCAAUCGAGCUAAGUUACAAAUCUAAAUAUGAUAUUACCGGCAUUCAAUCCAAUACUACACGAGAUGUUUCUGAGAUCUAUCAUUCUAUUAAAAAGCUCCACAAGAAAAUCGUGAAUAUUAAAGCAAAAAUAGACAAUUUUACCACAAGAAACCGAUCUCCACUGAAAGAUUCUUCAUUGGAAUUAGCUAGCAAUUUAAAUACCAAAAGGAAGUAUUUUAUAGUAAUUGGAAUCAACACGGGUUUUAGCAGCAGAAAAAGAAGAGAAUCCAUUCGGGCUACAUGGAUGCCUCAAGGGGAGAAAAGAAAAAGGCUUGAGGAAGAAAUAGGAAUUGUUACACGCUUCAUCAUUGGCCAUAGUGCAAGAGAAGGGGACAUUCUUGAUAAUUCCAUUGAAGAAGAGGAAAAACUUUAUGGAGAUUUUAUGAGGCUGAAUCAUACUGAAGCAUACUUGGAUCUAUCGGCUAAGACAAAACUAUACUUUGCUACUGCAGUCAAAACUUGGGAUGCAGAUUUCUAUGUUAAAGUGGACGAUGAUGUUCAUGUAAAUAUAGGAGCAUUGGCGAGAACAUUACUUAGCCAUGUCAACAAGGCCCGUGUCUAUAUUGGGUGCAUGAAGUCUGAUCCUGUGCUUACUGAAAAGGAAGAGAAACACCGAGAACCAGAAUAUUGGAAAUUCGGUGACAUGGAAAACAACUAUUUCCGCCAUGCGGGAGGACAAAUAUAUGCUAUCUCCAAAGAAUUGGCUACUUAUAUAUCCAAAAACCAAAAGGUUCUACACAAGUAUGCAAACGAAGAUGUUUCUUUGGGGACUUGGAUGAUCGGUUUAGAUGUUGAACAUAUUGAUGACAGGAGCUUAUGUUGUGGCACCCCUGUUUGUGAGUGGAAGAAUUUGAUUGGACAUACUUGUGUCGCAACGAUUGAUUGGGCGUGUAGUGGCAUAUGUGACUCUGAAGAUAGGAUAUAUGAUGUUCAUAAGCGAUGUAGUGAGCGUGAAGACGACUUAUGGCAGGCUAUUGACAAAUUUUGUAACGUCAAGCAACCUUUCCUCCAAGUCAUCGGAAUCAAUAACUCCCAUUCUGCAACUCUCACCGAUAUCGCCUGUCUUGCGGUUUUCAUCCUCUUCGGGUCGAUGUCGAUUUUUGAGUAUAAUGGAAGCGCCCUGGUCGCCAUGGUUGGUAAGAAUUGCUUCGCAAUCGCUAGCGAUCGGCGUCUCGGGGUUCAGCUCCAGACUAUAGCCACUGAUUUCCAAAGAAUUUUCAAGAUUCAUGAUAAGCUCUUUCUCGGUCUCUCUGGUCUCGGCAGUGAUGCUCAAACACUUCAUCAAAGGCUUGUAUUUCGCCAUAAACUGUAUCAGCUUCGUGAAGAAAGAGAUAUGAAGCCUGAAACUUUUGCUAGUCUUGUCUCUGCUGUUUUGUAUGAGAAAAGAUUUGGUCCUUAUUUCUGCCAACCUGUGAUUGCUGGAUUGGGAGAAGAUGAUAAGCCAUUCAUUUGCACAAUGGACUCAAUUGGAGCAAAAGAGCUUGCAAAAGAUUUUGUUGUUGCUGGGACUGCCUCUGAGUCUCUUUAUGGUGCCUGUGAGUCGAUGUUCAAACCUGAUAUGGAUCAUGAGGAUCUGUUUGAGACAAUCUCCCAAGCUCUGUUAUCAUCAGUGGAUCGUGAUUGUUUGAGUGGUUGGGGAGGCCAUGUCUACAUUGUCACGCCGACUGAAGUGACAGAAAGAAUCUUGAAGGGAAGAAUGGAUUAACAAAUAUAUAUAAUUUCUUUUUUUUUUUUUUUUUUUUUUUAUUAAUCUGGAGAAUUUUAUUAUCUUUG